AACCUCGGGUUGAACGCAAUUCCGCUCAGUAACGUGACCAGCUCAUUUCCUUAUUCCUGGCAGUUUCAGUUCAGACAACUUCGCAGAGGAGUAAGGAGCGUGAAGUACCACACCAGCUUCUUUUCUCCCCUGCCUACUCCGUAAAACAAAAGCAGGAGUUACAGCAAACUCCGGGAGACUCGACCACAAGCAGCAGCAGCAGCAGAUAUGAGACUCGACUCGGCGCAGUUAAUGGCGGCUGUCUUCAUACUCGGAGCAGCGCUCACCUUAGCUCAGGAAGAUGCUGGACAUCCUAAGCCGCCUGCCAGCCUGCUGCCACCUGCUCCAUUUGUCACCACAGCCAGUACUCCAAAAACAACCCCUUCCCAUCCUAAUGUAACUACGGCUGUGCCAACUCCCCACAAUGUAACUACUGCUUCUCCAACUCCCCACAAUACUACAACUGCCAAUGUAACCACUGCUCCUCCGACUACCCACAGUACUACAACUGCCAAUGUAACCACUGCUCCUCCGACUACCCACAAUACUACAACUGCCAAUGUAACCACUGCUCCUCCGACUACCCACAAUACUACAACUGCCAAAGUAACCACUGCUCCUCCAACUACCCACAAUACAACUGCCAAAGUAACCACUGCUCCUCCGACUACCCACAAUACUACAACUGCCAAUGUAACCACUGCUCCACCCCCCCCAAAACCUGAACCAACAGCACCAACCAACCUCACAGUGGGCAACUACACUGUGAAGGCUGGAAACAAGCUGUGCAUCAAGGUCCAGGCAGCAAUCCAGAUCCGUGUCAGUCAGGUGGCAGGCACCUAUAUUGUUCCAGGAAGUGCUAAAGGUGCUGGCAAAUGUGAAGGAAAUGCUGCCAACCUCACAAUUACUUUCAAAGAGGGUGCCAUCUUCAUGAACUUCUUUAAGAAUGACACCACAAACGUCGUUUCUGUCAAUGCUGUGACUGUCAACCUGACCUAUGCCUUCAAGUCUGGAGUUGUGUCACGUUUGGCGUUGAAGAAUGACUCUCUGCAACUCUUCAGCAUGGCAACAGGUCACUCUUAUUCCUGCAAGUUGGAGUCUGUCUUCAUGGGUAAUGAUACCUUCCUAGAGUUCAGUCAGGACAAGAUGCAAGCCUUCAACUUUACGAAUGAUAUGUUUGGUCCCUCUGACCUGUGCAAGGCUGACCAGCCAGACUACAGAGUGGCCAUUGGUGUCGGUGUGGUGCUGCUCAUCCUCAUAAUCAUCGUAGUUGUGGCUUAUCUCAUCAGUAGGAAGAGAAGAACAGAUGGGUACCAGACUCUCUGAUGCAGAGAGUCCAUCAGAGUAAUCCAGAAAAGGACAUUACCAUCACAAUUAUCUGCACAAGCUAAAUCUAGCAUGAAGCAGCCCUUGACUCUGGAUUUUUGGCAAGGUUUGCUCAGUCUAUUAAACCUGACCUUUAAUCCAGGCAUCAGGUAUAACCUCAUUCAGAUCAUAAAUGGUAUUAUAAUAUAAACUUGAGUUAGUUUCAUUUUCCACAUUCUUAUAUACUUUGGACACUUUCUACUCAUGUUGCAGCAUUUUCUUGUCCAUCUUGGAACAGGAGUUCACUGUUCUGUGCUUUGUUCAAGUGUCUUAGUCAUAUCCAUGUCCAACUGUUUGGUCAAGAUGACCCUCUAUUGAGACCCUGGUGCCUCUACUAAAAAUAUCUUGGACUUUUAAUCAAGUAGUUAUUUGUACAAUGACAGCUGGAUCUCAAACAACUGGCAUUUGUGUACUGCAGAUCUCAUAAGCAGCUAGUCAUCCUGCUUAUUGAUUGGCUCUUUAUAUGAAACGCUUGGCCUUGCCCAACUUGGCUUCAUCCUAGCUCAGUGGCUUACCCGGUAAGAACAUCAGAUGCAAAUGACUGUUAAAAUAACCUCACUAACCAGAAGAAAUUUCAAUUGGUAUUCUAAUUUCUGUAAAGUUCAGAUUGUCUCUUAUGCCACUAUCAGACAACCUGUCCUCAGGAAUGCUCUUUUCUGACAUUUGUUCUAAACUCUAUGCACUGAAAUUAAAAGGAUUAAGGUUAUAAGGGAAAGUUUGUAAUGUGUGAAUGCUGCAAAUGGUGUGUUCUCUAAGGCUGUAAAUUGGACCAAAAGGAUUUUAGGGAUUUGUGGUAUAAUAAACAUUGGGGGGGUUGUCUUAAAAAUGGAGUGAAACUGACAGCACCUUACUUUUAAAUAACCCUGAUGGUGGCUUCUAGUUUGUGUGCAAACUUAGCUUGGAAACUGUGUGCCUGUAACUUUUUUUUUUGCAUGUAAAGCUGUCAUUUUUUUUUUCCAAAUGAUUUGACUGCAGUUCAAAAAAUAAAGGGAAUACUCUGUGAACUUGAA